AAUCAAUGGGUAUCUGCUGUUCUCGUACAAACAAAAAUACAUUCCCUUAAUAAAAAUACGAAAUUCAUCAAACAACAGAAGCACCAGCACAAGCACCAGCACAAGCACCAGCACAAGCACCAGCACAAGCACCAGCACCAGCAACAGAACAAGUAGGAAAUAAUGGUCAAUAUCAAGAAAUAGAUCUUGUAAAAGAACCUGUUAAGCCUCAAGUAACUUAAACUGAUACUCAAAAUCAAGAUGUGUAAAAUUUUAAUGAAGAGAUCUUCGUAAGUGAUAUAAUGAAGUCAUUUGAUGAAUUAAAUCAACUAUUUAAUCAAGUAUGUCAUAAUUUUAUUAUGUAGAUGGCAUAAGAAUUUGAUUCAAUAUCAUAAUAUCUAUAAUCAAUGUCUGGAUAUCAAGAGUGAC